AUGGAUGAGGCGACAGAGCUGCAGCUGGGAGGGAACUCCCUCCUGAAGGCAGUCUGGCUCGGCCGGCUCCGGCUGACCCGGCUGCUGCUGGAAGGAGGGGCUUACAUCAACGAGAGCAACGAGAAAGGGGAGACAGCCCUGAUGGUGGCCUGCAUCACCAAACACGUCGACCAGCAGAGCAUAAACAAGGCCAAGAUGGUGAAGUACUUGCUGGACAACAGAGCUGACCCCAACAUCCAGGACAAGUCUGGGAAAACGGCCCUCAUGCACGCCUGCAUCCGUGGUGCUGGGGGAGAUGUGGUGUCCCUGCUCCUGGAGAACGGGGCAGACCCCAGCCUGGAGGACCACUCAGGAGCAUCAGCUCUGGUUCACGCCAUCAAUGCUGAUGACAGGGAUGUGCUGCAGCACCUCCUGAAUGCCUGCAAAGCCCAAGGGAAGGAGGUGAUCAUUAUCACCAUGGACAAAUCUGCCUCUGGCAGCAAAACCACCAAACAGUACCUAAACAUCCCCCCCUCACUGGAGUUCAAAGAGAAACCCGCUCCCGAAGCGUGCACCUCACCCUCUAGUGCCCAGCUGAAACCCCCCAUUUCAGCACCUUCCCCUGGUGAGGAAGAGAGUGACAUCUUCAUCCCGCAGCCCGGGGACAGCCCCUCCAGCCGGGCUGCCCGGGAGCCCACCUCCCCGGGCCCGAGAGCCAGAGCGCCGCCCAGCCUGCUGGAGAGGCGGGGGUCUGGGACCCUGCUGCUGGACCACAUCUCCCACAUGAGGCCAGGCUAUCUGCCCCCCCUCAACGUGAACCCCAGCCCCCCAAUCCCUGACAUUGGCUCCAACAGUAAAGCCUCCUCUCCGCUUGCCGCUGGCCUGAAGUCCCUGGUCCCCGUCGCUCCCAGCUCACCCAGACGGGGCGACUUGCGAGCCAAGAGGAAGCUCCUCCGGAGACACUCGGAGCACACAGAGCAGAUGCAGCAGCUCUCAGAUUUCGAGGAAAUAGUGGCCCAGUAG